CUACCCAUUUGCCAAUUUGCGAUUAAACCCAACAUUUCUCAUCCCCAAAACAAGAAAUAUUUUGUGUGGCGAGUCCGACAACCGUAAAUUUCUGUCAAUUUGAGCAAACAAAUCAAAGCACAAAAAUAUUUAAGAGCUGAAAAACAGAAGACAUGGAAUUUAGAAUCUGAAUGUUUUUCCAGGCAGGAUCCAGGCGAACAAGGACAUAGCCAGCAGACACGGAUUCCUUGGAACUCUGCCAUCCUUUCCUCUUCUGUUGUCUUUUCCCUCAAAGCUGGGUUUCUUUGCCUCCGACCGUUGCGUUGGUUUUGAUAGCUCGGAUUGCAAAGUAUUGAGCUUUAUUGUCCUGUUUUCUAUGAAUUAUUCAGCUCAAUUAUUGGUGGUCCUCUUUCUUUUAUUUUUUAUUUUUAUUUUUAUUAUGGUUCAAUUGGUUGAUUUAGAUGUAAAUGUUGCGCUAUUUGUCGAAUAAUUGAGCCUUUUGAUUGCGGAAAAUGGAAGUUUUAUCAAAUUUAUGGAAAUUGAUUGGUUAUAUUUUCUGGUUUUGGCAUCCGAUUCGUCAGAAUGCUUAAAGUUACGUUCUUGUGGGCAUCCAUUAGCUUCAUUCCAAGUCGGAAACCCUGGUUUUCCAUUUGAAUUGAAUAAUUGAAUGCAAACGGCGUCGCGGCUAAAAUUUCCGGUAAUGCUGACAGCUCGGUUUGAUUCAUGGAUGAGACUGUCCAAACUCGGCUUGAUUCUAUCUCAGUUUCCUUAGAAUUAAGGGAUUGUUUGGGACUGCUUCUGGAAGGGCAAAAGGCGCUUUCUGAAUACGUUUUACCGAAAAACUUAAGAAGCACUUGGACUUUAAUAAAAGUUUCCAUGUGUGUUCUGAUAAAAGUACUUAUAGAAAAAGCGCUUAUGAGCAGAAGUGCUUACCACAGAAGCAGUCCUAAAUGGGCCCUAAAUAGCCUAACUGAAUCUCUAAUAGUCGUUCAUGCAUCAUGCCCUGGCAAAGGGCAAAUGCACAUUGUUUGAUUACGUCUUUUUUUUCGUGGUUGGAGAGAUCAAUCUCUCGUUCCUCUUUGUUGUUUAGUUUGUAAACCUGAUAUAUGCCUAUGUUCAAAAUGCAACAGGUUGCAGAGAUAUAUACCCUUUAAAGAUUUUACGGGGAUAACCAAGUGAAAUAACCACUUUGAUUAUCUAAAUAUCUGAGAUUUAGUGUGGCAGUGAAAACCCUUAUCGAAUUGGGUCACACAUGUGGCCUUCUUAUUUUUUGUUCAACAAGAUUGUUAAGACAGAAGAUGAAGAUGUAUCAGGUGGAGAACUUUCAGGCAUGGUAGAACCCUACCCAUGUGAACAGCCGUUGCCCUGCUCGCACUUUGUUGAAGUCCCGCACAUAAACCAGCAAGAUUCUUGGGAUUGCGGCCUUGCCUGCGUUCUGAUGGUCUUUCGGACCGUUGGCAUAGACAACUGCGAUAUUCAGACAUUGGCACAUCUAUGUGGCACAACUAGCAUUUGGACUGUUGAUCUAGCAUUUUUAUUACAGAAGUUCUCUAUUAGUUUUUGCUACUACACAGUGACAGUUGGAGCAAACCCAAGUUAUUCUGGGGAGAAGUUUUACAAGGAGCAAUUACCUAAUGAUCUGGAGCGAGUCAAUAAUCUAUUUCAAAAAGCACUGGAAGGUGGAAUGAAUAUACAGCGCAGAUCAAUCAGUCGAGAAGAAAUUUGUUUCUCAAUUUUGUCCAGGAAAUACAUUGCCAUUGUUUUGGUUGAUCAGUAUAAGUUGAGUAGGUCUCGUCUGGACGAUGUUUUGGUCUCAGACUUUUGUGGAAGCAACUCUGGUUACACAGGUCACUAUGUUGUCAUAUGUGGGUAUGACACUACCACGGAUGAGUUUGAAAUUAGAGAUCCAGCCUGUUCAAGGAAAAACGAGAGGAUCUCAUCAACAUGCUUAGAAGAAGCCCGCAAAUCCUUUGGUACUGAUGAGGAUCUUCUCUUGAUAUCUCUGAAGAAGAGUGGGAAGCAAAAUCGCCCGGCAAUACAACAGUGAUAGUAUUGAUUCCUGACUUCAAUUGUCGGUCCGUAUGAAAACGAAGAAGCAUAUAUAUUACAAGUUUUCGUGUAUAGCAUUAGCAUGUACCAUAUAGGGAAAAUUUGUUUCUCUAUUGGUUUGUUUGAGUUCCUGAACUGGUUGGAUGGACGUGCAAACCAACACCAACACGCAUCGAGUAAUUGUACAUCAUGUAACAUGUAUUUUGUAUUACUAUCCCCAUUUCCAGAUAGAUUCUUCUGUCUCAAUAAAGUAGAAUCACAUGACC